AGCUCGUGUCUAGACACACAGAGAGAGCGCGAGCUUCAGGAUCCUGGACACGCGGAACAGUGCUGUUGUGGGGAGGAUGAGCUCGAGAGAAGUUGUCUGCUGGUUUUUAAACUCUAACAACUCUGAGAAUGACGAUGAUUUCAACCCUGAACAAAUCGAAACGAAUACAACUGAUGAUUUCUCUGAUGACCGCUGUCACAUUACCAGAGAAAUAUUCCUUCAUGCCUGUAUCCUGCCCUCGUUGUUUAUCGUAUUGCUGUUGUCGUUCUUGGAGCGCAGACGGAAGGUUUACUCCUUUGAGGAACGUUUCCCGUAUCUCCGCGGACGCUUCGGCAUUGUGGUGCCAAUGGACUUUACUGGAACGCUGAGGAACCGAUGGUCCUACGCUUUUGCUGUGGGAGCUACAACUCCGCAUAUGAUUGACCUGCUCUCUGGUGAUAUUGUACCGUUUAAAGUGCCCUCCUGGAUUAUAGCUCUUGUGUAUCUGGUGGCGGCGUUUGAGGUUGCCGUGGCUUUCUUGCCAUUUUUUGCCUGUCUCUCAACAAAACACAGAGGACUGGGAGGAACUUUGGGCCUGCUGUACACACUUGCCUGGUUCAUUGUGGCAGUGUGGAAUUUUCGCUGUGAGUACAAUGUUUGUGACCCAAGUUCUUUUUUUGGUGAGGAGUCUUGCUAUGAAUGGCUAUACAACUGGCCAUAUUUCCUGUGUCUGGGAUUCCUUUUGGGUCGCUUUGGAUGCAUGCUGGUGAAGAGUGUCAAGAUUUGCCUGCAGAAAAACAACCAGCAGGAAGAGGAGGAUGAGGUUUUUCAGUCCCAUCAGUACAAACACGUGCAAAGGCUACUGAAGAGACCUCCUGCAUGGCUGCUGCAGAAGACCUGGAUCCAGAGGAACAUCUACAGCUGGGAUCCGUAUUUUAAAUUCCCCAACAGGAUGAUCGCCACUGCUGUGAUCUCCAUCAUUGCACUCUAUAUGAUCAUUUCAUUGGAGCAAGUUUUCUCUACGGUGGGCCUCAAAGAUCUGUACCCUCCCAUAUGGACAUUGCUUGGACAUGUGGACUAUGCCUGGAAUACCUGGUACGCCACUACUGCCUUAUCCACUCUGGCGUCCAUCGCUCACGUUGGACAUACGUUAAUGUGCUACAGGAAGCACAUGAAAAGAUUAUGGGCAGGGAACAAGAGCUUCUUGCCUAAUAACGACUAUGUCCCGCACUCUGCUGUUAGUGUGGCCGCCCUUGCAAAAUACCCUGGCUGCCAAAUUGCCUUCACAAUAUGGGGUUAUCUUAUUGUGCAUAUUGCCCUCUUCGUGUUUGGGAUGAUCUUUGUGUAUCUGGUUGUUGUCCCGAUUCGCUGCGUCGGACUCGGCAAGUGGCUUAUCAAUCUUCUCAUCUUUCUGUCGAAUUUCCUCAUAGUGAUUGCGCUGCUGAUGCUGCAGAUCCUGCUGGUUCAGGUUUUUUUUCUGCAGGAAAAAAUCAAACCCGAGAACAAGGAGAAACCCCUUGCACUCAACAACAGGAAAGCUUUCCACAACUUCAAUUACUUCUUCUUCUUCUAUAACGUGAUCUUGGGGCUGGGGAGCUGCAUCUUACGGCUGUUUGGCAGCGCCUUCGUCGGUUUGUUGUUAGUCUCGCGCAUCAAUCGGACCAUCAUGCCAAAGGGCUUUGAAAUGCUGGAUAAAGGCUACCAGACGUGGAUAGGGAUGAUCAUGGCAGAUCAUUACCAUAGCAGCCCAGUUAUGGUCUGUUUCUGCCACCUGCUGCUCAAACGGACUCUAGAGAGACAGAAAUCUACCAAAGCUUACUCGCGCUUGAACAGCACCUCAGGAAGCCCAGAAGAGGUCCGUGCCCGUGCCCACUGGCAUGUCUCCUACACUCUAUUGAGGAACCCCAAACUGAUCAUGCUGAGGAAACACCGAAAACACAGCAGCGACAACCGGGACCAGCUGGCUGUCGCCUGGGUCAUGCUGCAGAUGGAGCAAGUGAACACAUCAGCCAGUGCUGAGGGUACUGAAGACUUUGUGUAGCCCUUAAUCUUUGCUAGCAAGCUGGCCAUGUUUCCAUAUGUUUUAAAGGCGUUAUAUAACAGAUAUUGACUCCAUUCUGUUCAAAUGAACAAAUGUAGAAUUCAACCGGAUUCAUCAGAGUGUAAUUCUUAAAAAAAAACAUUUUCUUUCAAAGUCUAACAAGUGCUAGAUGUUAGUGCUGGGCGAUAUGGGAAAAAUCAUCACAAAUAUAUCACAAUAUUUUUUAUAUCACGAUAUCACGAUAGCGAUAUAUAUCACGAUAUACCACAUUUAUAUAAAAAAUUGUAAAUAAAUUAACAAACAGGAAAAUGAGAGUAUUCAAUCUGUAAUUUCAGUUUGUUUUAGUUUUUUCUUUUAAUUACUGUUUUUUAUUAGUUUCAGUUAAGGAGAACUUUCACUUUCAGUUUUCGUUAUUUCGUUCAUUUUCGUUAACAAUAAUACUUGGUUACUUAGCUAUAUGGUGAGUAUUAUACCAUAGCUUUAUAUAAAAUAAAAAUAGUAUUAACAAACUGAUGACUAAAUCGUGUGCGUUUUCCUAUAGGACAAACUAUUCAAACAUGCAGAUGAGCUCUCCACACCUGAUUAAAAAAUCACAGUGUCUGUCUGGCUUAAAAUAGUUCGAUACAGCUAUUAAAUGAAUAAAUCAACAUUCAUAGAAAAUACCAGUGAGAAGUUAUGUAUGCUAAAUAACAAAGAAGGCAGCAACAAGCUAGAAGCUAAUGAGCUAAUAACA